CUGUUCGUCGUUCCCACUGUUACGCUUUUGUACUUGUUUUGCUUCAUCGAUCGAUCCAACAUUGGAAAUGCCCGUCUUGCCGGAAUCGAGAAAGACCUUGGCCUUGUAGGCUACGAUUACAACACUGUUCUAUCUAUCUUCUACAUAUCUUACAUUCUAUUCGAGAUUCCAGCAACGCUAUGCUGCAAGGUAAUGGGUCCUGGAUGGUUCUUGCCAUUGACGACGUUUGGAUUUGGAGCGACGACGGUAGCAACAGCUUUUGUGAAGAAUCAGGCUCAAAUAUGCGCUGUGCGCUUUGUUCUUGGUAUCUUUGAAGCAGGUGUAAUGCCUGGUUGUGCAUACUAUCUAAGUCGGUGGUACAAGCGAUCAGAACUCACAUUCCGUCUCGGGUUGUGGAUGACCAUGGCGCCUCUAUCCGGCGCGUUUGGAGGCUUAUUGGUUUCUGGCAUCUUGAAACUGAGUAACUUUGGGUCGUUACAUCGAUGGCGAAUGAUCUUCGCCAUUGAGGGGACAAUGACUAUGGCGCUGGCCGUCAUCGCCUUCUUCACUCUCACCGACCGUCCUGAUACCGCUCGUUGGCUCACGGAAGAGCAGAAGGAGCUCGCAACCGGCCGGGUUAAGGCUGAACGUCUCAAUCAGACUAUGUUGCUUGACAAGAUCGACAUGGCCAAGCUGAGGCGUGGUUUCAGCAACCCCAUAACCCUCACGACGGGUCUCAUCUUCCUCUUGGAUAAUGUCGUUGUCCUUGGAAUCUCUUUCUUCCUACCUACUAUCAUCCGCACGAUCUACCCGGGCCGAACAACCAUACAGCAGCAGCUCCUUACAGUACCUCCAUACAUCGUCGGUGCUGCAUGCACAGUGUUCAUCACCACCGCCAGUUGGCGCUUCAACUCUCGACAAUGGUUGAUAGCAUCAACAGGACCAUUAGUCGCGGUGGGCUACGCCAUGUUGGUCGCCACCACUAACGCGAAUGUUCGUUAUGCCGCCAUCUUCCUAACCGCCAGCUCGGCAUAUUCGCUGGGUGCGAUGACCAACGCGCAAGUCAGUGCGAACGUGCUUUCGGACUCAGCUAGAAGCAUCGCCAUCGGUACAAAUGCCAUUCUCGGCUACAUGGGCGGUCUCAUUUCGACAUGGAUCUACCUGCCUCAUGAUAGUCCACGAUAUGUCAUCGGCAAUAGUAUUAACAUGGCCUGUGCUAUUAGCUGGACAGGUAUCGCAAUUGGGGCUGGCGUGUGGAUGAAGUAUGACAAUAAAAAGCGUGAUGAGAGAGAAGCGGGAUCGCACGAAGAGCUUGCCGGAUUGACGCAGAAAGAGAUCCAGGAUCUAGAAUGGAAGCACCCCGGCUGGAGGUGGAAGGCAUAA